AUGCGACGCAUUAUGACUCCGAGGGCGGAUGGGUCUCUUUUGGUUCCACCAGAGAUUUGGAAACAAUGGAAAGAUCUACGUGAAGGGGGUCGUGAGGCAGUAACAAAACUUUGGAAUCAAAGUGGAAAAGACAAGGACAACUUCCUCAGGAGGUGCAAGAAGAAGGUGGAGUCAAUCCAAGAGAAAGAUUUGUGGGUUGAGGGUGCCUUUAUGUCCGAACAAGAUAUGAAAGAUGAGAAGUUUCCAGAGAAGCGUAAACGUCAAGUGCUUGAAGAAGAGGAAUCCAUGGAUGAAGAUGAGUUUGAUAAGCUGAAGAAGGAGGAGGACCAGGAUCUCUUGCCUUCGAAGCUAAGCCUUCCUGAAGAUACUACAGACGCGACCAUCGUCAUCGAAGCUGAUGGAAUGGAAUGCCAGAAAAAUUCCCUCAAAGCGCUGAACUUUCCAGUUAUGGACGAUGAGGAUGCGUUGGCUUCAAGUUAUAUCCCUCGGGUAUUGGCAUGUUUGUCCAAGUGGAGUGUUAAGCUUCAAGAUUUGGUGGAGAUCUUUGCUGCCAUGGAAUCCGUUCCAGAAAAUAUGACAAUGUUGUAUCAACGUGCCUCGGAGAUUGACAAGAACUUCCAAACGAUCACGGACGAUAUCACAAAGCUCAACACACAGGGCAUCGUUGAUGGCUACAAAAGAACGCAUCAAGACCAGCUUGCCAAGGAGUUUGUAAGGGCCCGCAAGGAGUGUGCGGAAGCUCUCAGCCUCGUCACGCGCGCGCAGUUGGGCACUUGA